AGUGUUCAAAAUGUAUUUGAUUAUAAAGUUGCUUGUGACUUUUCUGUCACUGUUUACGUACGCAAAUUCACAACUUUCCUUACCGAGAUUAAAUUCAUCGAGAAUUACAUCAAUUCCAGGUCCGAUAAUAAGUACCGAAUAUGGACCAGUUCAAGGCCGUGAAGAGUUUUAUGGAACAAAAAGUGUUUAUACGUACAAAGGAAUUCGUUAUGCUGCAGCUCCAGUUGCAAACUUAAGAUUUCGACAAGCUAUACCACCAGCACCAUGGACUCAAGUAUUUCAAGCAAAUAAUCAUGGAAACUGGUGUCCACAAAUUGACAUGAAUACACUUGAAUAUGCUGGAAAUGAAGACUGUCUUUUUAUCAACAUCGCUACACCAACAACUAGACAUUCAAAUCAUGCAGUCGUUGUUAAUUUUCAUGGUGGUGGACUUCAUUCUGGUGCUGGUGAUAUUGAGCCACUAAGAGCUGACUAUGUGAAUGAAAAUGACGUCAUUUACGUCACUCCAAAUUAUCGCUUAAAUAUUUUCGGAUUUUUCAGCACAGGAGAUAGAAAUGCACCUGGAAAUUAUGGCUUAAAAGAUAUGAUAAUGGCCUUGAGAUGGGUCAGAAGUAAUAUUGCAAAUUUCGGAGGUGAUCCUAACAAUGUCAGCAUUAUGGGUGUCAGUGGAGGUAGUGUUGCUGUACACGCAUUAGUUGUAUCUCGCGCAGCUCAAGGGCUUUUUAACAGAGCUUUAUCUCAUUCCGGAUCAUUAUUUAAUUCUUGGGCUUUCACAACAAAUCCAGCAGUUUCUGUAAACAAAACUAUUUCAAAACUUCGACUUACAGUUUCAUCAAAUGUAGAUUUAGUCUUUCAGCUUCGCCAUCUUCCAGCCGAGACUCUCGUGAGAGUUACAGAAGAUGAUUUUAGUGUAAUGCCAAGACUUUUUAAUGAGUUUACAUUUAUGCCAUCGAUCGAUCCUGUUGAUUCUCAAGAACCAAUUAUAUUCCCAAGUUCUAUUAAAAAUUUAAUUACAACGGGAAAUAUCAAUCGCGUUCCAUAUAUGGUUGGCUUUAACAGUAUGGAAAGUCUUUAUUCUAUAACUGACAUGUUUGCAGAUUCUUCAUUCCUCAAUCAAUUCAAUCAAAAUCCGCAUCUAUUGAUUCCAACUGAAUGGAAUUUAUUGCCAAAUUCAAACAAUGCAAAUGAAGUCAUUGCAGCAUUUAGAAAUCUUUAUUUUGGUGGAAGUUCACAAAUCACAACUUCUCACUUUUGGGGCUGGGCACAAUAUGUCUCCGAUCGUGAAUUUAUCUUUGGAGUAACUAAGUCUACUCGACUUCAUUGGAGUCAACAAUCACUUUAUCACUUCCGAUUUAGCUACACUGGUGCUUUAAGUCUUGGACAAACUUUGUGGAACUUGAGAGAUUUUCCAGAAGCCAUGCAUGGUGACGAUGCCUUCUACUUCUUCCGUAUGGAAAACUUUCCACUCGCUGUCCCAUCAGAUGAUCCUGCUUUGACUGUCCAGCAAAGAUUCGUGAGACUGUGGACAAAUUAUUUCAAAUUUGGAAAUCCAACAGCAAUUCGUGAUGAUUUAGUUACAAUUAAUUGGCCACUUUAUGGAAGCAACGCAGAUUUUGUAGAUAUUGGUUUAAAUUUGAGAGUCGAUGCUCGACCUUACAGUGAAAGAAUGGAUGUUUGGUAUGGUUUCGAUCAGAGAUUUAAUCCUAAUUGAAUGAGUUGUUAUUAAACAUUUGUGAUCAUUGGUUGAAGUUUGUUUGAGAUGAGGCAAUAAAAAUUCUAGAAGAUCACCUUACUCCAGUUAAAUCUAGAACUUAUUCUUACUUAAAAGUCAUGAAUCAAGCAAUUUAAAUUCUAAAAGGAUUAUCAAAUCUACACAUGAAAUGCCUUAAGAAUUAUGAAAUCAUAUUUAUCUCGGCACAUGUGAUGGAUUGUACCUGUAUAUCCAAACAUGCUAUUGUUACUCUUAAUGGCUUUAUUUUAUUCAUUCAUGUUUGCUUCUGACUUUUUUGUUUGCUUUGUAAGUUUCUUUCAUGCAGUAAAAAAGAUUUUGUCAAGG